AUGGAGAAAUUCACAUUGAAACUAAACUUCCUUGGAAAUAUUCUCGUGCGUCUCGUCCCCAUCAUAGUUCUCGUGUUUCUCGCUCGUUUCGCUUACAUCUUCACUGUCAAUAUCCAAUCACCGCCGGAAUCUUUCACUCUUUCCGUCUCCGGCGACAUCUACGGCGCCGAUAACCGGAAUUACUACUACUCCGUCUUCCAAAAUCUCAUCUCCGAUGGAUUCCUCUCACCUAAUUCUUACUCUCUGUGCAUCGAAACCGUCACCGGCGAAGAUGUCGAAGCUUUGAUCGAUAUCGGAGUCGUUGAUUCCAUCGGAAUUUCACAGAAUCAAUCACCGCCGUUGAUUUACUACGGCAAUGCUGAUCGACAGCCGUUCGAUGAUGACAGUUUCGAUUUCGAGUUCGCUGGAAAUGGAGUACUUGAUCGAUCAUCGAAGCCAAUUGAAUUUGCUAAAGAAGUUUCUAGAACAUUGAAGCCCGGGGGUAUUUUCGUAAUUCACACAAUAUCGAAGGAUAAUUACAGUCUCAACUCGUUGAUUCAGUUGUUCAGUUCCUUCAAAUUGAUUCGAUCUAUUGAAAUCGACGGUUACGGCUACGCCACGUGGCAACCGUUGAUUCGUCAGGUUAUUUUCGAGAAGGUGAUAGGAUGUGUUGAUAAUUUUGAGAAAAUGAGAAAUUUGAGAUAUUACUGCUUUACCCCUGAGUAUAAGCGGGAAUUAAUUCAAAAAGCGGAGCCGUUGAAACUGUGGAGAAAAUCCAAGAGGGAUGUGAAAAAUGUGAAGUAUUUGUCAUCAAUGGUUGAUAUAAGUUUUAAGAAAAGGUAUAUAUAUGUUGCUGUUGGAGCAAGGAGUUAUGGUUCAAGUAUAGGGAGUUGGUUUAAUAGAGAGUAUCCGAAACAGAAUAAGACGUUUGAGGUAUACGCGAUAGAGGGUGAGAGGGAAUAUCACGAAGAGUAUAGGCGAAAGGGGGUGAGUCUUUUGCCAUAUGUAGCAUGGUUGAGGAACGAGACGUUGUAUUUUGAGAUAACGCGAGAACAAACUAGGAAGAGCGUGGAGAGGGGUCGAGGGAUAGGGAGGACACAAUCAGCGCGAUCAUCGUUGGAUUAUGUAACGGAUUCGGAUAAGAUUUUGGGGUUUGAUUUCGCGGGAUGGUUGAUGAGUUUGUUUGAAGAAAGGGAUUAUUUGGUUGUGAAAAUGGAUGUGGAAGGGAGUGAGUUUCAUUUGGUGAAGAAGUUGAUUGAGAGUGGUGCAAUUUGUUUGAUUGAUGAGUUGUUUCUUGAAUGUCAUUAUGAUGAUGGUAGAUGGCAAAGGUUUGGUUAUGGUAAAAGGAGUAGGAAAUAUGAUAAGACAUAUAGUCAGUGUUUGGAGUUGUUUACUUCUCUUAGAGACAUUGGGAUUCUAGUACAUCAAUGGUGA